GCAAUUAAAAAAAUUAAUUAUAUAGUUGUUAUUUAGUUGUAUGUUAAUGAACUUUAGCGUUACUACUUGCUUGAUCGUUUCAAUUGUUUAAAGUUUAUAUAUAAGUUAAUUAUACGUAUAGCUAGUCUGCACGUGUCUGAGCCGCCAAUCUUGUAAUUUGCAUUUUUGGCAUUGGCAUUUGAUUGUUGAAUAAUAUUACCAAAUUAAAAUAUGGCCGAUCCGAAUUCAGAUGACGAGAGCGGUACUGGGUCCGGUUCCAGUCGCAGUGGAAGCCGCAGUCGCAGCGUCACACCGCAAGGCGGCAGCGCACCGGGCUCGCCCCGCAGUCGUAAAUCGGGCAGCGGCAGCGAUCGUUCCCGUUCUGGCUCCAGAUCCUCGCAAUCGCGGUCUGGUUCCGGUUCGCCGCAUAGCGCACGCAGCGGCUCAGCGGCAAGUCGACGGUCGCGCUCCGGUUCGGCGCGCAGUCGGCGCUCCGGUUCGGCUCAUAGCCAGCGCAGUAGCUCAGCGCAUAUUCAACGUUCCCGAAGCGGCACUCCCCAUAGCACCCAUAGCAAGCACAGCGGCAACGCGGAGUCCCGCUCCAACUCACCGAAUCUACAAAUUGACGACCAACGCGCCAAUUCAAAGAGCAAGAGUCGCAGUCGUAGCCGCAGCGGCAGUCGCACUUCCAGAUCCAAGACCCGAUCACAGACCCGUUCCCGCAGCCGCUCCCGCUCCAAGUCGGGCACACCACGCUCACGUUCCAAGUCGGGCACACCGCGCUCAGUUCGCACAUCCCGCAGUCGGAGCGGCUCCGCCUCCGGCUCGGGCAGUGACAUUGGCGUACCCAAGAAGAAGCCCCGCCGCCAAAGCAAUUCGGAUAACGAGAAGCCUGAUAGCGACACAGCAGCACCCUCCAAAGCAAAGAAGGCGCGCUUGAUUGACUCCGAUAGCGAGGAGGAUGUGCCGCCCAAGAAAGCGCCUGCCGCAUCGGACAUCUUUGGGGAUGCGGAUGACAUCAGCGAUGACGAAGAGACGGCGCAUAAGUCUCCGGCGGGCAGCUUGGCGCGCUCGCGUAGCCGCAGCCUAAGCAAGUCCCGCUCACGCAGUCGCUCCAUGAGCCGCUCGCGCAGUCGUUCCCGUUCGCGAUCACGCGACGCCGAGCCGCAGUUGACCGUGCCCAAGGAGGAUGAGCCGGAACCGCUGCCGGAGACGCGCAUCGAUGUGGAAAUACCGCGCAUAUCAGCCGAUCUGGGCAAGGAGCAGCACUUCAUCAAGCUGCCCAAUUUUCUUUCGGUUGUCACGCAUCCUUUCGAUCCGGAGACGUACGAGGACGAAAUCGACGAGGAGGAAACCAUGGACGAGGAGGGUCGCCAGCGCAUCAAGCUCAAGGUGAGCAACACCAUCCGCUGGCGCGAGUACAUGAACAACAAAGGCGAGAUGGUCCGUGAGUCCAAUGCGCGCUUCGUGCGCUGGUCCGACGGCAGCAUGAGCCUGCAUCUGGGCAACGAGAUCUUCGAUGCGUAUCGCCAGCCCCUUGUGGGAGAUCACAAUCACCUGUUCAUACGCCAAGGCACUGGUCUGCAGGGUCAGUCGGUGUUCCGCACCAAGCUAACCUUCCGGCCGCAUUCGACGGAAUCAUUCACACACAAAAAGAUUACCAUGUCGCUGGCGGAUCGCUCGACCAAGACAAGCGGUAUUAAGAUACUCACACAGGUGGGCAAGGAUCCCACCACGGAUCGUUACUCGCAGCUGAAAGAGGAGGAGGCCAAGCUGCGUUUGGCCAUGCGCACCCAGCACAAGGCCCAGCCCAAGAAGAAAAAGGCCGGCGCCGGCGAGCCGCUGAUCGGCGGCGGCGGCAACUCCUCCUAUCAGCAUGACGAUGGCAGCGACGACGAGAAUGCGAUCAGUCUGAGCGCCAUCAAGAAUCGGUACAAGAAGGGCGCCGGCGGCACCCAGGCAGAGCCGAAGGCCUCCACCAUUUACUCCUCGGAUGAGGACGAGGGCUCCGAUUUUGAAGCGCGACGCAGCAAAAAGGUCAACAAGGCAAAGGCCAGCAAAGCGCUGCGCGAUUCCGACAGCGAAUCUGACGUCGGCAGCGGCAAAAGCGGCGGCGACCGCGCUGCCGACGCCGGCAGCGCCAGUGGCAGCGCCAGCGGCAGUGACAAUGAAAGCCGCAAAUCCGGCGGCAGCAAAACUGGCACUGCUAGCGGCAGCGGUUCCGGCAGCGGUAGUGGCAGCGGCAGCGAUAACGAUGAUUAGCCGAUACACAAACCAGAAGCCAAUAAGAAUAGUGUAUUAGGGACACAAUAUGACUUAGCUUAAGUUGUUUUUAACCAUGGUUAAACUAAGUUCGGUAAAGCAAAUAAAUGGAAUAAUCUUAAAAACAA